CGUUCAUGUACAGAAAGAUGCCUCAUUUUCAAUAAAUUCUUGUACAAAAGAAAUAAAAUGUGGGUAUAUGUGCUGUUUGGGUGCUUAUUUGUUCCCCAAAAUGUAGUAGCUCUCUGGGGAGCAAAUACUGGGUGUCCAAGUAUAUGCACCUGUAAACUGGAGCACCUAACAGAAACCCCAAUACAUAGGUUCAUGCAGACCCAUAAGAAUAGACCAAAACAGGGUGAAAUUUUAUCGGUUGAAUUAAAUGAUGUAAUUCCUGAGGAUAGCUUAGAUUCCGACAUAUUCCAAGAGAAAACCAUCGUGAGAUCUGCAACGUGUAUUCUUCAAACAGAGACUGUACCAGCUCAACUGAUCAAAAAUCUUCCCGACGACAUAGAAACUCUAACAUUGAUCCAAGGAUAUGAAAGUGGAAAUAAAACAAUCAAACUCGGCGAUUUGUUACAAUUCAAACAGUUGGUAAGCCUUGAAUUACUAGGACCUCAGCUUUUCCAACAUGGAAACAGCCACCUCUUCUGUGAGAUAGAUAAGCCAUUGCCUGAUUUGAAAUACUUCAGUCUAGAAAGAAUUCUCAUACAGAAUUCCAAGAAACAACUGCAAAACUUCGUAAAGGAAGUGAACGAAGAAGAGAUGACUUUCGAAUACACCCAAAAAUUCGAUUCUAACGCCCACCCUUUAACACUCAUUCAAGAAGGAACCAACGAAGAAAUUUUACCUUAUUCAAAGUAUAAGACUCGAAAGGAAUAUGCCAGGGUACCCUUAUUUUUCGGAUUCAAAAAUCUCAAUUUACUAAGGAUAAAAUCGUGUGAAUUGAAUGUAGUUCACUGGGAAAUGUUCGAAGGUUUACAAAAUUUAGAAUAUCUGAUUUUAGAAGAGAACAAUUUACAUUUUAUACCACCUUUCGCUUUUUACGGUACGCCUAAUUUGAAAACACUAUCUCUUUCCCACAAUAGCUUACUGGAUAUUCAAAUAACCGAUUUAGCAGGCCUUUUAGAGUUAUCGUAUUUAGAUUUAUCUUUCAAUAACUUCUCACAAUUAUCUGAACUUUCAUUACCACCAUUUCCAAAUUUGAAAUUAGCCAACUUUGCCAAUAAUCCUAUAACAGUGAUAUUUCCAAACACUUUUGAAGUUAUGAACACUACUGAUUCACUUAUAAUUGGUAGCGAUGAUAUGGAAUUGAGUUUAUUGAAGAACUCGUUUUUAGGAUUAGAAGUAUUAAAAAUUUUAGAACUGAAGAAUUUACAUGUCAAACUGUUCAAAAGAGAAUUAUUAAGUGGAAUGCCAAAUUUGAAAGAACUUGUCCUUACUGGAAAUAUCACUGAACUUGAAUUCGAUUCAUUCUUAGAGGUUUAUCAGCUCAAUAAGUUGAUACUCAGCAAUUGUCAAAUUCAAAACAUAUCUAUGGAUACUUUUGUCGGCCUUGAAGAGCUAGAGUAUUUAGAUUUAUCCAACAACAAGUUGGAGUAUUUACCACCUAAUGUUUUUGAUGAGCUCACAUCAUUGAAAGAAUUAUACCUCAAUGACAACAAAUUGGUAGAAUUACCUCGAGACGUAUUUGCAAGAAUUCAUCCAAAACUUUUAAGGCUGAAUAAAAAUCCCUGGCAUUGUUCUUGCCAGAUGAGUGAAUGGAAACCCAUGAUUGUUAAUAAGUUGAAACGUAAAACUAUGAAGCAUUGCGAUAGAUCAAUGGAUAAAGGAAUUGGAUGUGUCACAGAUAAUCAAAUAUAUUUCAAAUAUGUAUACGACAACAAAAUAGCUCCUAAAUGUGCAACUCCAUUGCAAUAUGCAAACUGGAGUGUGUUCCAAGUAAUGAGGAGGUUGUUGAAAUGUCCGGCUUACAAACCGAAACUAAGAAAAAAUCUCAAGAUACCAAACACUGUUACAACCUUUACAAAUAAUAGCACAGAAAUAUUGAAACUAGAGCCCACUGAGACGUAUGAUAAAAGUUUAAUGGAGGCCAAUCAAACAAAAUUGAAUCAAACUGAAAAUUCAGGGGAUAAUCAAAUUGUGUCUCACAUAACCUCAGCUGAAUCUGUAACAAGUAAUAGCUCUGAGGAAAUACUAAACAAUAAAAUUAAUAUACACAAUAAUGGAACCCAUCCAAAUACACAUAAAAGAAGAAGAGUUUAUAAAAUGAGGAAAUAUCGCAAGUUUUUACAGAAAAAAUUUAUGGCAAAAUCAAAUAUUAUUCAAUGAAAUUUAUGAUACCAUCAUGUAACUCUUAUCAAAGUUUUGGAUAGAGAAUUUAUUACCAAAAUCAAAUUAUAAUGUGAGAGCUUUGAUAAUAUAGAAAAAAUGUUAUCAACUUCAUAUCAUAGUAUGAUAUGAAUUUUGUUGAAGAAGUACUUCUUAUCAACAUUCAUGAAGAACAACCAAGUGCAAAUUCAUGUAUUAUUGAUUAAUUGUAUUAUAGAGGAAUUCGAUAUUUAUUGAUACAGAUUAUUUCAACUCAGUUGAAUUUAUGAUCACAUACAUUUACUAUAAUUAACCCAUUUGUAAAUAAAUAAUUUGAGAAUA